AUGGUUGAUAAGGCUUUUGAUUUAUUCACUCGAACGAUUCAUAAUUCUUAUGAUAUGUCUCAUACAAAACUUGUUACUGCUCAACAAUUUAUGAAUAAUACAUUUUUCGAUAAAACUGAUAUAAUUCCACUCAUGGCUAAGCCAUAUGAAGAUGUUAAUGUUACCAAUGGUGGCAAUGAUGGUUCACAGGUUGUUAUUAAACCACCUGAUAAACCUAAUGGUUGA